UGUUGUAGCAUACUUGACACACUUAAUCUAGGAUACCGCACUCGCGGUACCACUCCGCGACACGUUUGUAUGUCGAUUCGUUAUUACAGCCUUGGCAGUAACAACACAACUUAUAAUUAACUACGUGUGCAAAGCUCGAGUUCAGUGAGGCUCUGCAGUUAUUUGUUCCGCUUGAUAUUUCCGUUUAGGUGCACGUUGUGAGAACUGAAUCAUCAUGGCAACGGACAUCGAAGACUGGCUCAAUGCACCUUAUCUGCAAAAACUCUUGAGAGAUGUCGAGAAGGACGAGACUGUAGAGGUGUCCGAAAUAGUUAUAAAAGGGGCUACCGCAAAAGGGGACAACUAUGCGAGUGACAUGUUUCGCGUAACUGUGGAUAUCUCACGUAUUCGGAAUGGCGCGAAAAUUAAUGAAAAAGAAUCCUUCAUGGUCAAAGUCGCUCCCGUGGAUCAACGAGCGGCAGUGAUAUCAGCGGUAGGGAUAUUUGUUACGGAAUUAUCGCUGAUACAAACACUGUUACCAAAGAUGAACAAAAUCAUUGGAAAUGUUUGCCCUGGAAGAAGGUUGAGCGCGCGGUGCCUUCGCGUUCAAUUCGAGAGUCCAACUCACGCGAUAAUGGAAGAUCUGUCAACCAUUGGAUUUCGGAUGGCCGAUCGUCACUCGGGACUCGAUCUCGAACACUGUUUAGUGGCGAUCCGAAAUCUCGGACGUUUUCACGCAACGUCGGUUGCCCUCGUAGAAGAGGAACCAGAUAUACUGGCGAAUUAUACAAAAGGGAUGUAUCACAAGGACCAACAUCCGAUGAUGACCGAGUUCUUUGCAACGAGUUUGAAAGGCUUCGCAAAGGAGGCGGCGAGAUGGUCCGAGUUAUCUCCACGAACCAUUGAGAAACUGAAAAAACUGCCCGAAGUUCUCUACAAUAAAGCAAGCGUCUCAUGCGAAUAUAGCGAGGAUGACUUCACCGUCCUCAAUCACGGAGACUGCUGGGUGAACAAUAUGCUGUUUCGCUACGACGAACACCAAAAACCUAUCGAACACAUUUUCGUGGAUUUUCAAUUGUCUCAUCGUGGCUCGCCAGCCGAAGACCUUCACUACUUCUUCGGUACGAGUCCCAGUGACGAUGUAAGAAUUUAUCACCGCGAUUUACUAUUACGUGAAUAUCAUACUUCGCUGACCAGUACGAUGGUUCAACUGAAUUGCAAAACGGAAAUUCCGAGUUUCAAACAACUUACCGAACACAUGAAAAAGCGCGAAAUUUGCGAGGUAAUUGCCACCAUGACGGUAUUGCCAAUGGCGGUACUCGAAAAGGGGGAAGAAAUAGAUAUCGCAGAAAUGCUGGAUAGCGAUGGAACCUACGAAAAUCCAUCGUAUCGUGGUAAAACCUACAGGAGAAUCAUGACAAGGCUUCUGCCACUGUACGACAGCCAUGGCCUUCUAGAUUGAUAUACUCAAUGUAACACGACUCAACGUACUGUCGGAGAUUACUUUAUCUUAUAGAACCAAUAACCAGAACAAAUAAAGAUCUGCCGUUUAUUAUCA